AUGUCCGGAUCCGGGUCCUUCCGCCGCCUCCUCAGUCGCUCGCCCCGCAGCCCCGCCACCAACACCCCACUCCCCGACCCCACCGAAGCCGACCUGGAGCGCCUCGCAGCGCGCAACGAGGCCCUCGCUGCUCAUCAAGCUGCUGUCAUUGUCAUCACCCAUAUGCAGCAGCAAUACGAGAUGGUCGAAGAGUCGUACCACACGCGGCUCCGCGUCCAUGAAGACAGCGACCCGCCGUCCGACACGCCCAUCGACGACCCGUGCACGAUCUGUGACCGCAGAACUGCGUGUGUGCAGUUUGUGCAGUGCAGUCAUCGGGUGUGCAAGACAUGCACGAAGAGGGAGUAUUGGGCGGGCAUGCAGAGGCUGAGGUGUCCGUUUUGUCGGGUCAAUGUGUUGCACUUGAGGGAUGUGAGGAACAACGCGGUAGAGGGGCUGCAGGCAUGGAUGUUUCAUUAUAGUCCUGUUUAUAGAGCCAGAGGGGGACGUCCGUAG